AUGCCAUCGUCGGUUCUCUGUCCGAUGUUAAACUCAUCGAACUACUCUGUUUGGUCGAUGAGAAUGAAGGUGACCUUGAAGGUUCACAAGGUAUGGGAGUCAAUCGAUCCUGGUUCGACCGACGAGGUGAAAAAAAAUAACGCUACCGCGUUAUUGUUCCAAUCCAUACCUGAAAGUCUGACACUACAAGUUGGUGAUCAAGACUCACCGAAGGGAAUAUGGGAUGCAAUAAAAUCACGACAUGUUGGAGCAGAUAGAGUCAGAGAAGCAAGACUUCAAACUCUCAUGGCUGAGUUUGAACGAUUGACGAUGCAAGAUACGGAUACAAUCGAUUCCUUCUCCGAUAAGCUAUCGGAAAUAGUUUCCAAAUCUGCAUCACUAGGUCAAACGAUUGAAGAAUCUAAGGUGGUGAAGAAGUUUCUUCAUAGUUUACCUCAUGAUAGAUUCAUCCACAUCAUCGCUUCACUAGAGCAAGUCCUAGACCUAAACGCGACCACUUAUGAAGACAUAGUAGGUCGUCUCAAGGCAUUCGAGGAGCGAAUACUUGGGAAAGAGACUACUACUACUCAAGCUCAAGGGAGCUUGUUGUUUGUCAAGUCAGAGCCACAAGAAAACAACGGUAGCUCAGGAGGUCAAGAAGGAGGACGAGGUCGAGGAAGAGGCUCUCGUGGUCGAGGUCGUGGGAGAGGUAACGCACAAGAUCGAAAGAAGGACAGACCGGAUGUGAUAUGCUUUCGGUGUGAUAAACCAGGGCACUUUGCCUCUGUUUUUCCCGAAAGAAUAAAGAAGCUUCAAGAGCUCAACAAAGUCGAAACAGAAGAAGAAGAAGGAGAGGCGUUAUACGUGCAUGAGAUGGUGGUUCUCAACGAGGAAAAUCUAAUGCCAAAGAAGUAUGAAACAGAGAAAGGAGAAGAAGGAAUUUGGUACUUAGACAACGGUGCAAGCAAUCACAUGACCGGUGUGAGAUCAUUCUUUUCAGAGUUGAAUGAAAACGUAAAAGGCAAGGUGAAGUUCGGAGAUGGAUCUUGCGUAGACAUCGGUGGGAAAGGAUCAAUUCUUUUCCAAGGAAAAACAGGAGUGGAGAAUCUGUUAACUGAUAUCUACUUUAUUCCCGAGUUGAAGAGCAACAUACUAAGUUUGGGACAAGCAACCGAGUAUGCCUGUGAUGUUAGGAUGAGAGAAGACUACCUAACUCUACAUGAUCCCAGCGGAAUACUCUUGAUAAGUGUAAAGAGAUCUCCAAACAGGCUUUACAAGAUCAAUCUCAAGACUGGAAAGUCAUCUUGUUUGCAAUCAAGAAUAGAGCUUGAAGAAGAAGGAGAAGAACACCAAGAAGCAAAGGACUCCAUUGAGUGGAUAAAGGCUGAUUUGAUCAACAAGAGCAAGACAUGGAUGUUUGUUGAUAAACCAGUUAGAGUCAAGGGCAAUGGUCUUAAAUGGGUUUUUAAGAUCAAGAGAAACACGGAUGGCUCAAUCAACAAGCACAAAGCUAGACUUGUUUUCAAGGUGUUGACACAAGAUUCGAGGUGUUGGGACACAAAGCUUGAGGUGUUGACACAAGCUCCAAGGUGUUGGAACACAAAGCUUGACCAGAUUUUGAAAGGAAUGAAGUUCGUUGAACUGAGAAGCUUCAAAACGAUCAAGACCAUGUAUGUCCACGUGAGGGACAUACUUACAAAGGCCCUAGCAAGAAUCAAGUUUAAGAAGAUGAGAAGUUUGAUUCGAGUUCAAGACUUUUCAAAGAGUGACUUGAAGCUUAAGGGGGUGAAUGUUGGGUAA